GGCGGGGCCGGCGCGGGGCGGGGCCAUUGAUGGCGGGCGAGCGCGGCCAUCGCGGAGCCGCUUAAACCUCCUGCAGCACUUGAAGCCUGGUGAUACAAUCUGAUGGCAGCUCAGAUGACCAACGCUCAUCGACGGUUCUUGCAGGUUCUGAUGUCUAAUGGGAUAACUGAAGGAUCAGAGGCCAGAAAAUUACACCAGCACUGCUGUGAAACUGAUAAAGUGUACUAUGCACACGAUAAACUGGACGAUUUCAUCGGCACUAUUAAUAGCCACCUGCAGCCUUUGUUUAUGCAGAUCCGGAAAGGAAUAUCGGAAGAUGAUGGAAGAGCUCACUAUGCUGUAGUGAAUUUGGCGGAAACUGAAGUAACUAAAAUGGCAUCUGACUAUACAGAAAUUGAAUUGGAAUUGUUCAGAAAAACGAUGGACCUAAUAAUUUUAUCAGAAAAUGGCUUUGCCUCAUCUACAGAUAUUUUAAACUUGGCUGACCAACUUAAGACAAAGAAAAUGAAGAAAAAGGAAGCAGAACAAGUGCUGAAAGUUUUUGUGGAGGAUAAGUGGCUCUCUGAGAAAAAUGGAGAAUAUACUCUGCAUACUCGUUGCAUAAUUGAGAUGGAACAGUACAUUCUCAGCAACUACCAGGAUGUGGCAAGGAAAUGUAACAUCUGUCACAGCCUCGCCAUCCAGAGCCAAGUAUGUGAAUCCUGUGGAAUUGGAAUGCACUUACCUUGUGUCAGAAAGUACUUCAGAGGUCAGACUGAACCCCGCUGUCCCAAGUGUAAUGAAUUCUGGUCUUGUGACACCCCAGUUUUCUUUACAGGUGUGAAUCGGAUGGGCUCCCAGACUUACCACAGAGCUCCACUCUUGGCCCUAGAUGAUGCCAGUAAAACUUGAUGUCAGUGACAUCUGUUUGCCCCCACUCUGGCAGAACAGCCAGACUGUAUUGUAUUCAUUAGUAACAGUGCUCAGUGUACUCAUUUUUUAAAGUUCUAAGAAUCUUACAAUAAAACUAUCAUUGAUGUUCCUGUUCA